AUGCGUUCCACAGCCGUGAACCUCAGUAAAAAAACACUCAAGCACGGUGGAAAGUCGGGUGUUCUACCAGAGGUCAGACCGAUCUUCAAGAGAAACCCCAUCUUACCUCCGUUGGAACAAGAGUCUGCCAAGGAAGCCAAUAUCGAACAAGGUUACGCUGAGGGUGUGCCCGUUCCAAAACGUAAAGGCUUCAAAAUCACUCGUCAACCAAAAAAGGCUGAAGUUGUCCCAGUCGAGCAGAGACUCAAGAAGAUCUUGGAAUACAAUGCUCCUCCACAAAACAUGAAUGAAUUGAGUCCCAAGGAGCGUUGGGAAGCCCAAAAGAAACAGAUCAGAAUGGAACACUUGAAAGAUGCAUACCUCACAGAAUCCAAGAGAAUAGAAAAGCUUGAGCUGCUCAAAGCUCAGAAGAUCGAGGCUGACGCCAAGUUGGCCGAGGAACAAGUCUAUGAGGAGUCUGAGGCCACCAAGUUGACUCUUCCUACUAUUGACUCAUAUCUUAAAGGAUCGCUUAUGAGACACAGAACUCCCGAAGAGAAGGCCAUCGUAGAAGAGCAGAGAAUCUUGAACCGUAAAACCAUGGAAUUGCAAGUCAAGGAGGCCAAGGCCAACGAAUUGUUGGAGUUGUACCAUGCUGCAGAGAACUUCAUCACCACUCCUGAAGAGUUGGACGCUGCUAUUACCGAUGCCUUCGAGAACAAGAUUGGCCGCUUCGAGAGCUCGGAGCGUUUGGCUGAGGACAAAUUGUUCGGAUACUUCACCUCGUUCUCCGACUCCCGUGCCAACGAGCGUCUCGUGAGAGAUGUUGUCUUCGGCGAGAUCAACGGCAAGCCUGGUCUUGCGACUGUCACUGACACCUUGAGUGGAGAGACAGAGAAGUACUCCAGAGCCGCCGAGAGCAAGCUAAAUAACCGUUCUUAA